UAUACUAGAUAUCUGAUCUGAAAAGUUUCAAAAGAAAAACAACAUAGAACUUUUAUAAUCAUUGUAUUAGUCGUUUCAGUAAGUAAGAGAUCGAAAGGAGUCUGUAGACUGUCAUCGAAACGAACUAGCAAAUGUGAGCACAUUUAUUUCCACCUGAGUAUAAAUUAGAACGUUCCGUUCGUUCUGCUUAAUCCUGUCCAGAAAUUGUAAAGGAUUUCCAUAAGCCACCAUGGACAGUGGGUCGGUUGCCAAGACGGGUGACUUUUUCUAUGGUUGGGAUCUGCUCUAUAAGACCGUCCAGUCGGAUGUCGUCAAGAAGUCGGACCUACUGAUAGCUCUCGUACACUUUUUGCUGACCAAACACUAUAAUUUUCGCUGCGUUGGCAUCGGCGAUGAUAAAACCUUGCCGGAGGAGGAUGGCAGUGAGCUGCUACCGGACAAUUGGAACGAUGACGAUACAAAAUACUCACUGCGUUACGUGCACGAUAAGAUGCUUUAUUUGCUUUUGGGCCACAUCACCGAGGAUGCCCUGCUCAUUAAUUUGAUGGACAUCAACACAAAGAAGGUAUCCAACAUUUGCGUGGAACCAGAAACCCUAGUGGCUGCCGUUAAAGGUGGUAUUACCACUCUGAUGCCGAGCGCCUCUGAGAUUGUAGAACGCUAUCGCAGGGAGCUUUUGGACCCGGUCUUUACCGGCAACUCGCGUGAGGUCACCACCCAAACGACAACCUCUCCACGUCCCCUCGGAUCGGAUCCGGAUCCAUUACGCAUUGGUGAACCUAGGCGUGGCGGAUCCUUUAUUCCGGGUGGAUUCGAGCCGCGCCCUUUUGGCUUUCCGGACAUCGGACGCGGGGAUCUGGAUCCACUGGGUCGCGGUGGUCCUGGUAAUCUGUUUGCUUUUCCAUCACGCCCAAAUAUGGGACCGGGUCCGUUGCCCCGCUUCGAUCCGUUCAGUCCUCUCAAUCCAAAUAAUCCGGGUCAAGGUGGAGUCAAUCCGGAUCAUAUGCGCCCACCAAAUUGGGGACCCGAUUAUUACAUGUGAUUACCAGGAUUGCAAUGAACAGUGAGCAAUUUAAAUCUUUAGUUUAUAGUUAUAAGGCCAGGAAAUAAAUGUUUUCAAGUUUGAAAACGGAAA